AUGACCGAUAUUCUAAAGAGCAAGAAAACUCAACGAGGUGAAGGCAACUUUACGAGCAAGACCAGCAAUCCAAUGCCUUCUUGUGAACACCGAACAAAACUACAGAAGCAAGCAGUUUUGGGCUUCAAACCAUCAGCAUUCAGACGAACGGUUAUUGACAAAUCCAAGAAAAUCAGCCGCGUUAAACCACCAACUGAACCAGAAGAACGUCAAGUCAAAAAUUGGAAGAGGUUAAACACAACGUUUUCUUUGUCGUACCGACUGAAUAGACUGAACAGCGAUAUAGAUAUGUCUUUGAAUUACGAGAGCGACGAAGAAAAAAGCAACAGAUCAACGGCAUCACCAAGUAAUGCCGACAACACACGAAUGGUCUAUAGAUCAGCAUGCAAAAGACUUAAUCUGGUACCAUCUUCCACAUUUAUGAAGAGUGUUGAUGGUUCCACUGCUAAUCUCAACUAUCAGGGCCUGCAGCCAUUUGGCACCAGAGCUGUUGCCAUGGCGUUAGUGUCUAAUUUGACAAUAACAGAACUAUCAUUACGUGGUAAUUCUAUUGGUACUGAAGGUUUGCAAUGUUUGGUUGAUAUGCUAAGAGAUAAUUGUGCUUUGAAGGUUUUGGAUAUAUCUGAUAAUGAUUUAUCAACCGAAGGAGCGAAAUUGAUAGCCAAAAUAAUAGAAGAAAACGAAAUCUUAGUUAGUCUUGCUAUUGCAGGAAAUAAAUUAAGAGAAGGCGAUGUUCAACCAAUUGCGGACUCUCUCGCUAUAAACACCACAUUGAAGAAACUUGAUUUAAGUUAUAAUGAACUGAGUGAACUAGGUGGUAUCAUCAUUGGUAAAGGACUAGCCGGUAAUGUUGCUCUGACCCAAGUAAAUCUAGGCUGGAAUCAUCUACGACAAGGAGGAGUUACAGGUGUAGCUAAUGGUUUAAAGGAGAAUAGCAGUAUCAGAUAUUUAGACUUGUGUUGGAAUGGAAUAGGUGAUUUUGGUGCCAGAUCUCUGGGACAGGUACUGAAAGAGAAUACAACAUUGGAAGUGUUAGAUCUAACGUCAUGUCGUAUUGGUAUGGAUGGUGUUGGAUUUCUGAUGACUGAGAUGGUUGGCAAUGAAACAUUGAAGAAAGUCAUUCUUCGUAAAAAUCCCAUAACAUCACAUGGUGCUUGUGUUUUUCUUCACGUUAUGAAAAAACACCCCUGCUUUGGCAUAGAAAUCUUUGAUAUUUCGGAUAUUUGUAUCUCCCAAGAAUUUAUAGAUCUAUUAACCGAACUGAAGGAAACUCGUUCAGACUUUGAUGUGAAACACGGAGGUACUCUUCGUGGUAAGGAUGCAUUUAUACAUCGUGAAGUGAAAAAGAUAACUAUGGAAGAUCCCUUAGACGUUUUAUUAGCUUAUAUCAAAUCUAAUGGAAUGAGACUGACAGAUUUUUUUCACCGAUUUGAUCGCGACAGAAGUCUGGGGAUAACCAAACAAGAAUUUAUUACAGGAAUAAAGGAUGCCAAUUUGCCAUUAAAUUUAGCCCACAUAGAAAAAAUAAUAUCUAGACUUGAUGUAGAUGGUAAUGGUAUCAUUGAUUUUGGAGAAUUGCUAGAAGGUCGACAGAACCAUCUGGUAAGGAAACGUAGUCAACAAACGAAAGGUGCACCGAACAUUAAUCUACCCGCUUCAGGACUGAAAUCACCGUGUACAUCACCUAGAAUUAAGCAGAAAUUGGGAACGUUUAAAUUUUCUGGAAUUUUGGGUAAUCCAGAUGAACUAAUGAUCAAAGCGCCCAGUCCAACGCCAAGUGAAAACUUCAGUCUAAAAGUACCAAUUCUCAACUUAGCAGACAGUUCUUAGAGCCAUUGUUCUAUAAUAAAAGGCAUAAUAAUAUUGCCUGUGGAAAGGCUAGAAAGUCAAACGGUACAAAGGAACAAGUUAGGUAACUGUUCGGGCUUGAGUUGCAACGAGAGAGAAAGAAAAGGGAUGAAUAAAAGAAAAUUUCGAAACCCUGUUUUUUCCCUUACAUUUACAUUAGUUGAUAUUUUUUACGGUUUAACGCUGGUUAUAUACAGUAUCAUCAAUAUCUUAUAACCCUUUAAAAUGGAUCUGGGUUAGGGUGUGAGGCUGUGAGCCCCCCUCCCCCCUGCGGAACUGGUGGCAAGUACUCCCCUAACUUAUUGCUUCAUGGAGGGAGACGCCACUGAUGUAGUUCUUGAAAUGUUGUGUCCAUCGUGAAAUAAAAAUUCUUAUUC